AGUAGUUUCAGUUCAUAACAGAAGGGAAAUAAAAAAACAACCUCCUUUUUCUCUUUCUUUCAGUCUGAUACCAGAAACAAAUAAACACUCCUCAUGGAAGAACUAGAAGAACCAGAGAAGUUAGGAGCAUUAAAGAAGGCAUAUGCAGACAUAAUCUUGAGUACAGCAAAGGAAGCAGCAGCUAGGAUUAUGGUUUCUGAAAGAAAAGCUUAUCGUUUUCAACAAGAAUUGUGCACUGCUAAACAGGAGGGGCUUGAUAUGCUUCUUCGUUUGAAACAAAUUACUGAUUCUAAGAUUGCCGAAGUGGAAACCAUGUCAGUUAGCCAAAGAAAAAGGAUACAAGAGCUUGAACUGCAACUAUGCAGAACAGAGAAUGUGAUAACUGAUCUUAGGUCACAGUUGAGUGGAGUACAGGAUGAAUUGGAGAAGGUAAAAAACAAUAAAGAGAUUGCACCUUUGCACGAAGAUGUGAGCAAACACAAUACUUCUGAUUCAGAACCCAAAUCCACAUCUACCUUUGACGCCAAAGAUAGACCUCUAGUUCGAAGAAAUGUACAGCAUAAAGCCUUUCGAGCAGAAAAAUGUUAUGCUGAUAAGCCUGACUUAGACUCCCUCAUUCUGACAAGCAAAGAGCCUGAGCAAUACCGAAACAGGUGUACUCAGAGAAUUCGUGCAUUUGAUAGGAACCUGGCGAAUGGGAAAUCACCUCUUCCUGCAGAAACAAAGAAUCAGUUUUCACGUAGAAAGAAAAAAUCUUUUAUCAGGGAGGAAGCCAGGGAAGUUGGUGCCACUAAAUCUUCUUGCAAGGAUGAAAAUGCCGGGACAAAGAAAAGGAAACUGAUUGGUUUGGAUGAACUUUUGCAGCAAGAUAUUGGCUUUGAAAAUGGUCAAUCUGUAGGGUUUCUUCACAAGUUCUGUGCUAGAAAAAGAAGAUCUAGAUACAGGUCAGGCAGACCGAACUCAUACACUGACCAGGUCAUGCAACCAAGAGAAUUAUCUCUUUCUCGUUGCAAAAUCAACCCCUGUGAGGAAAAUCCAACAGUUAAUCCUUCUGAAGAUAGGUCAAGGAUAGUUGAAGGCAAUGCCCAGAAAGCCUCAGACUCACAUUUGACUUCAACUUCAUUAUUAACUACUAUGGCUGAUGUAAACAAAAGGGAUGCAAAGACUGAACCAUUAAGUGUUCAAACUUUUCCUCACGGAGACGAAGAGUCUAUAGUUAAAUCAGAAUUCAGCAGACAUGGUAACGAAGUCGCAGAAUGUUCAGGGGUUUCAAGAUGCAAGGUGAACCUUAACAGCAUAGAUACUCCAAGGAUGAUUGAUAUCACUGAAGAAAAAGAGUUAUGUGAAGCGACAGAUCCAUUGCCUGUUCCAGCUGGAAAGGAUAUGCCUCUCAAAUAUACAUUUCAAAGGAAGCGUAAGAAGGGACCCUUGAUAUGCCUGGAUGAGAAUAAAACUCUUGAAAAGGAAACUGCAAUGGAGAGCUCAGGGGAGAUAGAAAAUAUUGCUCCUGAAUCACAAAAAUCUUGCUUGUUAGAUGAGCCUCCCCGUGAUAAUCGGAGGCUGGCGCUGGUUGCUCGCCAGCCCAUUUCUUUGUCUGAGAAGCGAUGGAGAUGAGAGACGAAUUUUAACUCCAUUCAUAGUGGACAAGAUUAGCCUUAAGGAGUAUUUGUAAAUUAGCCAUACACUUCUGCGGGGUUAAGUGUUGACAGAUAAUUUCUCUGAAGAUUCUCACAAACUACUGGCUUCUUAAAGAAGGGAAGUGCGAGUUAUAGAGCAAUUGUAGGCUCAUUCUUACGGAUUAGUUACCUUUACAGUUCAUGCUAAUUGUUGUUGUAAUAUGUGCUAUUGUCAAACCAGUUACCUUUACAGUUCAUGCUAAUUGUUGUUGUAAUAUGUGCUAUUGUCAAACCAGUUUUUACGUAAACCUUAUUUUUACAAAUUAACAA